AUGAAAUUGGUAUUAGGUUUGACCAUCUUAUUGGUAUUGGGUAAUUGUGCUUCUUUCUUGGAAGAGCAACAACCAAUGGAAAAUAAAAUAUAUAAGAUCAAGUUGGAUAGAACAGAAUCAUAAGCAAGAAAAUCAUUAUUUGAUUUUAUUACAACAAGUUAAUAAUACAGAAAGAGUUCUGAUUUGUUGGGAGAAUCAGAUAUAGAGAUGACAUAGACAAAAUAAAAGGAAUCAAUAAAAUUAUACAACUUUAAGAAUACAUAAUAUACAGGAGAGAUUGGAUUAGGUGGUUAAGAUAACAAAUUUAAGGUAUAAGUAUAAUUUAUGUUAGGUUAUUUUUGAUACAGGAUCUGCUAAUAUUUGGUUAAAUUCAGCAAGAUGUAAUGAUUAUGGAUGUAAAAAUCAUAAGCAAUAUGAUGGUUCAAAGAGUUCAACUUAUGAACAUUUAGGUUAUGAUUUAGAUGUAGAAUUCGGAACAGGAGAAUUGAUGGGAGAAGUAUAUAAAAAUAGCAUAAAUUAUUAGAUUAAUGCUGAUACUGCAUAUGUUGGUGGAGUAAAGAUUGCUAAAUAAGAAUUUGCAGAAAUAGUAAGAGAGAAUGGUGAUGUAUUUGCAUAAUCAGAUUUUGAUGGUAUUGUUGGAUUAGCAUAUCCAACAAUGGCUGCUUAUAAUUUCAACCCAUUAUUUGAUAACAUUAUGCAAUAGAAAUUAUUAGACAGAAAUGUGUUUUCUUUCUAUUUUUCAAGAUAAGAAGGUUCUAGAUCAUCUGAGUUAACAUUGGGUGGUUGGGAUAAUGAUCAUUUCACUGGAGAAUUACAUUUCCAUAAUGUUGUUAAUAAAUAUUAUUGGUUAUUGGAUGCUGAUAAUAUUUUAGUCAAUGAUAAAGAUGUAGGACUUUGUAAACAUGGAUGUAAAGUAGUUGCUGAUACUGGUACUUCAUUAUUAACUGGUCCAUCAGAAGCUUUAUAUGAUUUACUUGGUAUUCCUUUAUUUUAAUUUUAGAUACCUUGAACAUUGAUGAAAACUGUAGUAACGUUAAGGAAUUACCAAAAUUAACAUUUGUUUUAGAUGGUAUUAAAUAUGAUUUGGAUGCUAAUGAUUAUGUGAUGAAAAUAGAUUCUUAAGGAAAUGAAGUAUAUAUAAUAUUCAUUAAUUUAGGUUGCUUAUGAUACCUUUGCUAGUACUGAUAGUUUUGUAGAAAUGGGAGCAAAUUGCCAAUGUGUUGGAUCAUUUAUGCCUUUAGAUAUUCCAUCACCUUAAGGACCAGCCUGGAUUUUAGGUGAUACUUUCCUUAGCAAAUUUUAUUCUGUCUACGAUAGAGAUAAUGAUAGAGUUGGUUUUGCUAGAUCAAAAUGAUUCAUANUAAUGAUUAUGGAUGUAAAAAUCAUAAGCAAUAUGAUGGUUCAAAGAGUUCAACUUAUGAACAUUUAGGUUAUGAUUUAGAUGUAGAAUUCGGAACAGGAGAAU